CAGCUUCGUUGUUUAUUCUGUUGUUUUAUCUAGCACUGACUGCGAGCAGGAUCUGCAUGUUUGUAACGCUGCCCUAAUACACCAACGGAGAACCAUCGAUCUCGGGUCUAGUCCACUGUUGGAAUGGACAAGAUCUUGAGAGCUGAUGCCGCAGGACCGGCCUUUCAGAGGCUUGCAGAAGCCAAUCACAUCUUUCUAGCCGGUGUGGUGCCUGUCGCGGCCUUAUCACCAGCGGGAUCGUACCUGGGGAAGGCAGCUGACAUUGCGCUCGGCAUUGCGAUUCCAGUGCAUUCUCACGUGGCCAUCAACUCAGUCCUUUCAGACUAUGUGCCAAAAAGUGUCAGGGGUGUGGCUCGAGUGGGCGCUCUGGCUUCCAGCAGCAUCAUGCUCUUGGGGCUGCUGAAGCUGAACCUCAUGGGUCCUGGCCUGACAGCGACCGUGAAAGAGCUCUGGAAGAAGAAGUAGGUCAUGCAUGUUCUCCAACGCAUGCAUUGGCGCGCAUCGCAUCUGUCCUUAUUGUCCUUCACGGUAGUCCUGAUGCAUCCAUCAGGGCACCCUGUAUUUGUCAGUCACCAUUCAGCUUGUUCACUAGCGUUACAACCAGGUCUGUCAAAAGACAAUAUGAUACUUCUCUUUGUGGUCAUUGAUGUACUCACCAGGUUGGGCUGAUUUCACCAGGUUGGGCUGAUUGUGCCUGAAGCCAUCAAGUCUUAAGCGGAUUUUGCAACAUGCAUACUUGCAACAGCAAUUUCACGUAUAGUACAGGGGUGUCGGUAAAAGCUGACCCUGCAUGAGGGGCGCAAUCAGAGAUGUAACAAUACUAAU